ACAAAUUUUGAAUUUUAAUGAUGGCCUUUCUCAUUAUCCAAACACUUAUUUUAGAAUUUUGACUCGAUCAAACCAGGCGUAUGGGUCCGCCGGCGAACAGCGGCGGGGGAGAACAUCUCGGGACUCUAAUUUUCACCUACGGAACCUUGAAGCGCGGAUUCUCCAAUCACGUCCUCCUCCGAGAUCUCAUCGACUCCGGCGACGCAGCCUACAUCGGCGAUUACCUGACCGCCGAGAAGCUCCCGCUCGUCUGCGGACCGUACCGUGUCCCCUUCCUCCUCAAUCUCCCCGGAUCCGGCCACCGCGUUCGGGGGGAGCUCUACGCCGUCUCUCCUCGAGCCCUAGCGCGGAUGGACGAGCUGGAGGGGACCGCGCGCGGCCACUACGAGAGGCUCCCGGUCGCGCUCCGCCUGCAAGGGAAAAGCGGGGAGGAGAUCGUGGAGGUAGAGGCGUACUACGCCCACCGGAGCUACGCGGCGGAGCUGUGGAAGAGGAGCGGCGAGAAGGGGUACAGAUGCUAUGGUGAAAUCGAAUCUGUUGGAUAUGUCAGACGCAAAGAUCGACCUCAACAUCUCUCGUUUCUGGAUCAGAUUAGCCUCUUCAUCGGCCGCCAUUGUGAUUCCAUUACUGAUCAUCAUUAAACAUCUUCUCAUGCUCUUCUUUUACAGUAAUUUUUUAAUGGGAAAUUUUAUGGUGCCCAGCAUUGGAAGAUUUAAUUGGUUAUGCAUUUCAUUUUUUAGCAGAAUGUCUAACCAAUUUAGGUCCCAUUUGACAUCGAAAUUAGCGUUAAUCGAAAUUUGCUUUAACGUUUUGAAAAGAAUAUCCGAGAAUACCUUUUAGCAUUUGUAUUUUUAGAAUUAAUUACAUCAUUAAAUUAAAAUAUAUACAAAUCGCUAACGCUAAUCGAAAACGCUCUUAUACAAAUCGCU